CGAGAAAGAGAAAGAGCGAGAAAGGAAAAGAGCGAGAGAGAGAAAGAGCGAGAGAGAGAAAACAAGGGAGAGAAAGAGCGAGAAAGAGAAAGAGCGAGAGAGAGAAAGGAGAGAGAAAGCAAGAGAGAGAAAGAGCGAGAGAGAGAAAGAGCGAGAGAGAGAAAGAGCGAGAGGAGAAAGAGCGAGAGAGAGAAAGAGCGAGAGAGAGAAAGAGCGAGAGAA